AUGCCAGUGUUUCUAGGGAUGCUCCAGGGCUCACCGGACCACGCCUCUGCUGACCCCGGAAUGUGCGUGCUCAUCUCGGCUUGGCUCUGCGUGCUGCUCGGUCUCCUGCCUCUGGAGAUCCAGUCCCGGGCUUUGACUGUGCACACACUCUCACACAGUCACAGACACCUUGAGCCUCUUCAGCAGGACCCCAGCUCCGCUGCACCCCUUCUCUCUCCCCUCAUGGACAACCACCUCCCACACACCGACACACAGCUCAUCUGGAGAGCAAUCAUUCACAAAGACCCUCCUCCUCUGCAUCACAACAACCAUGUGUCAGCAGAGGGACAGGAUGCAGAGGGGACAGCAAGCAGGUCGCGGGGGUCACGGGGUCGCCGCCAUAUCAACAGUGUGGUGGGGAGGGGUCAACUGAUGCGAGUGGGCUGUGUCCUGGGCACCUGUCAGGUUCAGAAUCUAAGUCAUCGCCUCUACCAGCUGAUUGGACAGAGCGGGAGAGAGGACUCCUCCCCCAUCAACCCUCGCAGCCCCCACAGCUAUGGAUAG